AUGGCUGAUGGAAAAAAGGUGUUGAUGCUGACCAACUCUGAGUUGGGGCAGGCAAACGUCUUUCUCGCCGUCGCCCAUGAGCUGUUGCAGCUCAGCGCACAGGUACAGGUUGAUAUUUGCUCCUUUGCGCCGCUGUCAAGUCAGGUCUCGUCGAUAAGUCAGCCCAACAUCCUUACCAGAGGUGAUCCCCGAGUCAAUUUUAUACAGUUAUCAGGUCCGUCAUGGAAAGAGGCACUUUUCGGCCGCCCGGAACACCAGUUCCAAGAGCUGUGCGACAUUCGUCCCACAGUCUGGAACGUUGGCAAGGCCGCCAAACUUACUCGCAUUGCCUGCCCCUGGGCGCCAGAUGAGGCUUGCGGGCUGGUCAAGCAGCUGGAACAGAUAAUCACGGAUACGAAACCGGACUUGAUCGUCGUUGACAACGCCUUCCCUCCGGCUGUUACAAUCUGCUACAAGCUGAAGCCGAACUGGAUUGUACUGUCUCCGAACACGUACAAGGAGUUUGCGUUGGCCAAGCAGCCAAAUCAGCAGUACUACUGGAAGUAUCCGCCACCACGAUCUACUAUUCCAUUCCCGGUGCCGUGGUACCAGAUACCACUGGUGUACUACAUGGUCCGGAAGAUGUUCUUGAACGACUCAGACACUUGGAUGCUUCAACAUGCGAGCCGAAUGAAAGAGUCUAUCAAUACCGACUACGCCGACUGGGCAUACAUAUCCAUCGUACCUCCCGAAGGCUUAAAGGUCCUUCUGGCUACCCGCCCAGAGAUCGACUUUCCCUUUGACGUCAUUCCAGAGCACAUGGUUCCUUGUGGCCCAAUACUGAGGCCUGUUCAAGCUGUUGGCGAUGCAGACCCUGAUCUUGCAAAAUGGUUGGCUCAACGCCCUACCGUUUUCGUCAAUCUGGGCACACAUGCUUCGGUGACAGUGAAGAAGGCUAUCCAGAUGGCCAAGGCCCUGAAACGCUUGCUCGAAAGAGCUGCCAAGGAACAAACGGAGAUGCAAGUUCUGUGGAAGCUUCAUCGGCGCGGCGACUAUAGGAUGUCAAGUGUGUCUGAUGCCCUGGGAGAGAAGUGGUCAGGUGCUGGUGUACCCCAGGUGAUCCUGCCCGUCUGGGGAGACACCUACGACUUUGCGAAGCGAGUCGAGUGGCUCGGCAUUGGAAAGUUUGGAAACCCUCGAUAUGCACCAGAUGUCGAUGCAGGCGAGCUUGGACGUAACUUGGAGAAAGUCAUACUUGGCCCUCGAGCGCAGCAAAUGAGGAAGGAGGCACAAAAGUUGGCUGAUCUUUGUCGUGUUGAUGGCGGUGGACGACGCGUUGCGGCAAAGUAUAUCCUCCAGAUACUGCAACUGUAA